AUGUCGUCAAAUGCGCCUCGAUUUAUCUCCGAAAAGGAUAUUGAAGAGAGGAAAGCUAGGGAUGCUGCUGAAGGGAAAGUAGAAGAAGCGUACGAUCCUCGUCCUCUCUAUGAUCGCCUUCAAGCUGAACGUGCUCGUAAGCAGGAAGAAUAUGAAUCCCAAAAAGCUUUUAAGAAUCAAAUUCAUCGAUUGGACGAUGAAGAAGUUGCUUUCCUUGCAGAGAAAGACUUGGAAAGGUGUCGUAAUGAGGAGUCGGCUGAAGAAGAAGCUCUUUACGCGGUGAAUAGGUCUGCUUUAUUGAAGUCAUCGGUUUCCCCAGCUAUUCCAGUCAAACCUCAAAUUAAUCGUGCUUCUUUACCUACUUCCUCUUCCACCCUUAAUCAAAAAGCUCUGCUCUCAGGGAUCAAGAGAAAACCGCCAAGUUCAACUUACGAAAGCGCACCCAAGAAGCCGCAUCUGGAACAAAGUGGUGAUACUAUCGAUUCAAAUAGCUCAUCUUCUAAUCCUCCGACAUCUGAGUCCAAUGCGGGUAUACUGCCAGGGCUGAACGCCUACGAGAAUUCAAGCGAUGAAGAGAGUGAUGAUGACAGUUCCACGGACGUGGAAGACGCUGCACGUACUAUAUCUGCAAUCAUUGAUACAUACUCGAAAAAGAAGUCGGAUGGGGACGAUUGA